CACACUCGUGCCUUCCACGCGCUUCAACACACGCAGGCCAUCCUCCUCUUCUCCGAUCACCAUCAUCCUCCUUCUCCGAUCGCCGUGGGAACGAUUCGUCCAACUCUUACAGCUUCCCGAAUAUCUGUCUCUUGUGAAUAUCUUAGGGUUUAGUGAAAUUGAUUCCUUUGUCUGAAAGAUCAUCGUAGCAAUACGAUGUUGGUUGAUAGUAGUAAUAAGCGCAGGAAGAGAACCAUUAGUGAAGCCGACAUCGCCACGCUUCUUCAGAUAUACGAUGCGAAUACGAUAGUGAGACUCCUACAAGAGAUGUCCUUUUAUUCAGAUGUCAAGAUGGAUUGGAAUGAGAUGGUGAAGAAGACCACCACUGGGAUUACUAAUGCUAGAGAGUACCAGAUGCUGUGGAGACACCUUUCGUAUCGUGAUCCUCUUCCUCUUCUCCCCGUGGAAGAUGAUGCUCAGCCUCUGGACGAUGAUAGUGACGUGGAGUGUGAUUUGGAAGCUUCUCCAGCUGUUAGUGUUGAAUCAUCAGUGGACGCUAUUGCACAUGUGAAAGUGCUAGCUGCGUCAUAUGUGCCAAGGGAGUCUGAUAUACUCGAGGACUCGACAUCUGAGGCUCCCUUGACAAUAAACGUGCCUUAUACUCUCCCUGAGGGAACUCAGGAGUCUCCUUGGUUGUCAAGAGGGAUGAAUAUCACCUUUCCUGUUCGUCUUCAGAAAGUUACAUCUACCGAGGGGAUAAAUGGAAAUGGUUCAGCUAGUUGUAGCGUGUCUUCUCAACGGAAAACAAGGAAGAAAUGGUCUGCGGAGGAGGAUGAGGAGCUGAUUGCCGCUGUGAAGCGGUGUGGUGAAGGCAACUGGGCUCGUAUUGCUAGAGGAGAGUUUAGUGGAAAGAGAACCGCCUCCCAACUCUCACAGAGGUGGCCGCAUUUAAGAAGAAGGUAUGAUACUUCGACCUCUGCUAGCCAACCUGGCGUACAGCAAACUGAAGCGCAGAUAGCAGUUAACCAUGCGUUAUCUUUGGCUCUGGGAAAUCUACCCCCUUCAAAAAAAGUUGCAGUAGGAACUCAAGGCAAUGGAGGCCGUCCUUCUCAAGGUCAACAACAGCCCAAACCAGUUGUUGUUCAAACAUUGUCUCCGGCAGGAACAUCAGGUCCAGCUUCAAAAUCUCGAGUUAGUGUGAGAAAAACAACAACAAACUCCACUUCCAGAUUGGAUUUAAUGGUAACAGCUAAUUCGGUAGCUGCUGCAGCAUGCAUGGGUGGCGUAUUGGCUGGUCCAUCAGUACCAAAGGUCGACUCUGUAAAAAAUGCUUCUACAGCCUGUAUGCCUUCUCCCUCAGGUAGCCUCGUUGUGCCAAAGGUUGAACCAGGAAAGACUGUUGCCGCUUCUAAAGCUGUUGAACCUGCGAAUACACGACCUCUAGCUAAUGGAAACUUGAAACCUGUGACGCCUUCACCAUCUUCUACAAUGCUUUCUGCUUCUACGCACUUUGCUACUUCAUCGAAGACCGUCUCCAGUCAGAGAGUUUUUGCAGCCUCUGUCCCAGCAACUGUAUUACCUCCAAAGCCAACCGCAGAGACUAUCAUUUGCAAACCAGAUGGUGGACACAAAGAGCAAGCUCGAGGAGAUGGAGCAAGCUCAGUGGUUGCCAUGCAGUCAAAUAAGAUGGCCUCAACAAACACGGAGAUUAGCAGGGGAAAGCAGGCUACACACGCUCACACUACAGUUCUCGGUACUGCUAAUCAAAGUUUGGUGGAUAAAACUGCAGGGCCAUCCAUCAGUGGAGCUGAAUUUAAAUCCAAAUGUGAAGUAAACAACAUGGUUGGUCCGGUAAUCAAAGUGAGUAAUGCAUGCGGAAAGCCUCCAGAGGUUGCAACUGCGAGAGGGACCGGACAGGGUGUUUAGUUCAUUGACAGCUACAUUUUAUUCUUUUAUUUUGAAGCUUUUUAUUUGUUAGUUUUUAUUCGGAGACUGAAAAAAAAAAUAUUAUGUAAAGUAGGUCCUCCCAGUACAUGGUACUAAUUAAUAAUACAAAUCUCA